GGGACCCUCGUCUGAGGAGGAUUUUCAUAGACAAUUAACUUGCGUUUUCCGUGCUUUUCCAGAUUUCAUUUUUUUAUUUUCCGCUGGUUUCUCUCUCUCUCUCUCUCUCGCUCUCUCUCUUGUUUCUUUCUCUGCGAGUCCUCUUCUUUGUAAAUCAACUCACGAGUCUGCUUGCGAUCUCUUUUUCAGUUCAUUUCUUUCUUUGUUCCAACAUUUUCUUUCAUGUCUUCUUCUUCUUCAUCUUCUGGAUCUGUUUCAGAGCUGAUAAAGUUGCUCUAUUCUGCUCACCUCUCUUCAAGAGAGAGUGAGAGAACUUUGAUAAUACAAGCUGGUGAAGCUUUUUCUGGUGAAGGUUCUUCAGAUGAACUUUUUUCAGAACAACACUUACUACACUUAUGUUUUCCUACCGGCCAAAGUAAGUCUGAGGAGGUGAUAAUAGCUCAAUCUACCGCAAAGAGCUACCUUCAGGAUUCAACCAAAAAACUUCGAAUGACAGAAACAACAUAUUCAAGUAUCAAAGCCAGUAUUAAUCGGAUCUUGUCUCCAGAUUUUCAAUACAUUGACUUCACACAUCCCUUUGAUUGCAAAAGAAGAAAAACAAUAGCGAUUUGGGACUUUGAAAACUGUCCCGUAACAACAUUAACGCACCAUAAAACAGUCAUACCAAACAUCGAAAAAGGUCUUAAAAAUUUGGGAUUUGUGGGCGCUUUGCAAAUUGUUGGAGUUGGUAAUAGAGGAUUUUUAAGGGGAGAUGCAUACUUGGACUCCUUAUCAUCAGUGGAACUUUUUCACGAGGUGAAAAUAGGUAAUGAGGAAGACACAUCUGACAAAAGACUGAUUGUGGAGAUGAGAACAAGAAUGGAACAACACCUCGAGAAGUACAACGAGCCAGGAAACAUUUUGCUGAUGACUGGAGAUAUCGAUUUCCUGGGUGUCAUCCGCGAAGCAAAGAGACUGGGAUUCUACGUGUUGUUAGCCUACAACGAGAAGAAAAAUGUUCGCUCAGAACUCAAAUGAGCAUCGGAUAAACCUGUUCAAUGGUUCAAACUCGUGGAGGGUAGAUUAAAGGGUAGAGUGUAGGUUCUCUUAGCUGUGUUUUUCAAUAUUGUAAUGAGACACGUAUGUUAACGGAAAUGUUUGUGAUCUGAUUGUGUUCUGAUCAACAAUUUUUAAAAUGUUUGUUAAUCGCGAUAUCUAUGUACGAUUGGAAGUCU